AUGGACGCCGCCGCAAACACCAAUGCGGAGCAGGCUGUCUCCCGGUCCGGCGCGGCGGGGCGCUCGACGAGCCCCGCAAGAUGGACGCCCUGCUCGUUCUCGGACCGUAGGCGGCGAGCCGGCAGGGGCCGAACAGGAUGCACUGCUGCGGUGCACGCACGACCACGUGCUUCCUUUUCGUUGCUUGCGCCGGCCAUCCUCGUCUGUCUGUUUGCCAUCGACUUUGGCAUGCUCUUCCUCUCGACCAACAACAGGAAACGCAUUGCCUCGGACUUCCAUGAGCUCGACAGCGCCGUCUGGAUCAUCUUGCUUGACUCCAUCUCCGAGACCGCGCUCAACCCAUUUCUACCAAUCUCCUGCGCCGCUUUGUUCGUUGACGUUGUCGCCGUAUUGAUCACAACAUUCAACGCGCUCGACACGAGCCAAGGCGAGGAGGAAGAUGACGACGGCGGUCAGCAGGGGAGCCAAUGA